CCUUUUUCUUUUUUUUUUUUUAAACUAUACUCCAAUAUAUAAAAUUUAACGAUGGUCAACGAAAAGAAGGAAGAAAAACCCACUCAAGUCGAACCCAAGGUCGAGGAAAAGUCCCCCAAAGAUAAAAAGGACAAAAAUGAAAAGAAAGAAGAAGAGGAAGAUUUGUCUGAGGAAGAUCAACAAUUAAAGAGCGAAUUAGAAUUGAUGGUGGAGCGUUUGCAGGAUGACAAGAAGGAACUUCAUCGUCCUGCACUUGAACAUUUACGUACAGCCAUCCGUACAUCCACCAGCUCCAUGACAUCUGUUCCUAAACCCUUGAAGUUCUUGAGUAAAUACUACAGUUUAUUAAAGAAACUUCAUGAGUCUUGGCCCGAUUCUCCUGAUAAGAAGCUUUUUGCCGAUAUCUUAUCUGUACUGUCAAUGUCAUAUGCCGAGGAAGGUCAAUGUGAGACUUUGAGAUAUAGAUUCUUAGGCUCCACUGAAGAGGAAAUCGGUUCUUGGGGUCAUGAAUACGUUCGUCAUUUGUCAGGCGAAAUUAUGCAAGAAUAUCAAUCACGUUUAGAAAGCGAUCAAUCCACAGAAGAGUUAAUCCGUUUAGCUUUGGAAAUCGUCCCCUUUUUCCUCAAGCACAACGCUGAAGCAGAUGCCGUUGAUCUCUUAUUGGAAGUCGAAUCUAUUGAUCAACUUUCUCGUUUUGUCGACAAGGAUACCUAUGAGCGUGUCUGUCUUUAUAUGGCUGGUUGUGUCAAUUUAUUGGCUCCCCCUGAUGAUCUUGAUUUCCUCAAGACUGCUCGUGCCAUUUACCGUCAACAAGGAAAAUAUGCGCAAGCACUCAACUUGUCUAUUCGUGUUGGUGAUAUGGAAUUGAUCAAGGAAGAUUUCGAACAAUGCCCUGAUCCAUCUCUCAAGAAGCAAAUGGCAUUCCAACUUGCUCGUCAACAAAUUCACAUUGAAACCGAGGAUGCUGAUUUAAAUGGAUGUAUUAACAACACCAACCUCUCGCGUUAUUUCCUUGCACUUGCCCGUGAAUUAGAUGUGAUGGAACCCAAGGUCCCCGAGGAUAUUUACAAGAGUCAUUUGGAAAACCAUCGCACUGCUUUCAGCAGCAAUAUUGAUUCCGCUCGUAACAACUUGUCUUCUACCUUUGUCAAUGCAUUUGUCAAUGCCGCUUUUUGUAAGGAUAAGUUGAUGGUGACUGAGGAUGAAAAUGAUUCCUCUUGGAUCUACAAGACCAAGGAGCAUGGCAUGACAAGUGCUACUGCUUCUUUAGGUCUUAUUUGUCUUUGGGAUAUCGAAACUGGUUUAAGUUUGAUUGAUAAGUAUAUGUAUUCUACCGAUGAUCAUAUCAAGGCAGGUGCUUUGCUCGGUAUCGGUAUUUUGAAUUCCGGUGUACGUGAAGAAUCAGAUCCCGCUUUGGCCUUGUUAUCCGAGCAUUUAGAAACCGGUAGCCUUGCUGUCAAGCAAUCUGCUAUCUUUGGUCUCGGUCUCGCUUAUGCUGGUUCUGCCCGUGAAGAAGUUUCAGAGUUGCUUUUGCCUAUUGUCAGUGACACCAACUUGGCCAUGGAGCUUUCUUCAUUAGCUGCUUUGGCUCUUGGUUUAGUCUUUGUCGGAUCUUGUGAUGGAGAUAUUACCAGUACCAUUUUACAAACCAUGAUGGAGCGUGAGGAUGUAGAACUCAAGGAUACCUGGUCUCGUUUCAUGGCCCUGGGUCUUGGUCUUUUGUACCUUGGUAAGCAGGAUGCUUCUGAAGCCACUUUGGAAACUUUAAAGGCUAUUGAACAUCCUCUUGGUAAGGAAGCCGAGGUUUUGGUCGAGGCAUUAUCUUACGCUGGUACCGGAAACGUUUUGAAGGUUCAAAAGAUGCUUCAUAUGUGUAAUGAUCAUUUGGAUAAGGAUAAGGAGGAUGAUACAUUCCAAGGUUUUGCUACUCUUGGUGUUGCCUUGAUUGCCAUGGGCGAAGAAGUUGGUUCUGAAAUGUCUUUGCGUACAUUCAACCAUUUGAUGCAUUAUGGUGAGCCCGUGAUUAGAAAGACAGUUCCAUUGGCAUAUGGUCUUUUAUGUGCAUCCAACCCCCAAGUCUCUAUCCUUGAUACACUCAGUAAAUACUCUCACGACAAUGAUAGUGAAGUUGCCAUUAGUGCUAUUUUUGCUAUGGGUCUUGUAGGUGCUGGUACUAACAAUGCUCGUCUCGCACAAAUGUUGAGACAACUUGCCAGUUUCUAUCAUAAGGAAGCAUCCAGUCUGUUUAUGGUCCGUAUUGCUCAAGGUCUUUUACACAUGGCUAAGGGUACGAUGACAUUAAAUCCUUUCCAUACCGAUCGUCAAAUCAUGUCCCCUGUUGCUAUUGCUGGUUUAAUGACCAGUAUUAUUGCCUUCACUGACCAUAAAGCUUUCAUUUUUGGUAAGUACCAUUACUUAUUGUAUUCACUUGUGACUGCAAUGUAUCCUCGUUUCUUGAUCACAUUUGAUGAAAAUGUCGAGAGCCUACCCGCUACUGUUCGUGUGGGUCAAGCUGUUGAUGUUGUUGGACAAGCUGGUCGACCAAAGACCAUCACUGGUUUCCAAACACAUUCCACACCUGUGCUUCUUGCUCACUCAGAGCGUGCUGAACUUGCAACUGAAGAAUACAUACCUUUGGCACCUGUUUUGGAAGGCAUUGUACUUUUAAGAAAGAACCCUGAUUAUAUGGAAGAAGAUAAAGAAUAAUUUACAAUUUUUUUUGGGGGGUCCAUAUUAUACAUAAACAGUAAAAGAAAAGAUUUAUUAAAAAGAAAGAAAAAUAGUACAUUUUAAAAAAAA